AUGUCGUCAGCGUUCAAACAAGUGGACGUGUUCACUUCCAAACCAUUCAAAGGCAACCCAGUGGCCGUAAUUAUGGAUGCCAAUGGGUUAUCUACCGAGCAAAUGCAAACAAUAGCCAAUUGGACAAAUCUUUCAGAGACAACGUUCGUGUUCCCAGCAACCAGCGACAAAGCUGACUACUACGUGCGUAUAUUUACGCCUCAAAGUGAAUUGCCAUUUGCAGGACAUCCGACUAUUGGUACAUGUCAUGCUUUGCUUGAAUCCGGAUUGAUAUCUGCGAAAGAUGGAGUGGUUGUUCAAGAAUGUGGAGCAGGUUUGGUUAAGUUGACAAUUGUGCCUGGGGUCUCUACCUCAUUCGAGUUACCAGACCCAGUUAUUACACCACUUAGUGAUACCCAAAUUAAUUCGCUUGAGACCGAUUUAGGAUGUGCGAUUGAUAAGAAUUUGAGACCUGCCCUUGUUGAUGUAGGUGCUCGUUGGAUAAUUGCACGCGUCGCUGACGCUAAAACAGUCUUGUCUGCAGAACCAGCAUUUCCUCAAUUGGCAAAGCAUAAUAACGAACUAAAGGCUACAGGGGUAUCCAUUUACGGAAAUUGGUCAGAUGAUCACAUUGAAGUCCGGUCAUUCGCACCAGCUUGUGGCGUUGACGAGGAUCCGGUUUGUGGAAGCGGCAAUGGUGCUGUUGCUGCAUUUAUCAGGUCACAUACAAAUGAAGACAAGAUAUUGAAGUCUUCACAGGGGAGCGUUGUCAAUCGUGAAGGUGCGCUUAAAUUGACAAUAUCAAAUAAGAAGGUUUUAGUAGGGGGAGAUGCCGUCACUUGUAUUGAGGGGAAGAUAAGAAUAACUUAG